AUUUCAUGUUUACUCUCUUCAUGACAAGUGUUCUGAAAGAAAGACCUUUGUAAAAACACUUACUGGGAAAUAUUCUGUAAAAAGAUCUCAGUUUAUCGUGUUGAAGCAGCUGCUAGUUGAAGGCAGACUGUGCUAGUAUGAGUGGUUUGAACAGCCUGCUGAAGUACAGAUUUACCAAAAAGCCAGCCAAGAUUCAGCAUGAUGGAGAUGGGAAGAGCGAAUCUUCUCAAGAUGGCAGUCAAGGGGACUGGUGUGUCACAUCAGAAGUCAACUCAGAGCCUUCCGUGAUUGCAGAGACCCCUUCAUCUUCCCAGUCAUUCCCAAAUGAGACCAAACCAUCUCAGAAUGGGGAAUCAAGGGUGUCCUCCAGUAACAACACUUCUGACCAUGAGGAAGAACCCGAGAAGGAAUCAAGUGGACCAUGGCUGUCCAAGAAACAGGGCAGUCUUCUCAACAACUUUAAUGAUGCCUUGCUCAAAAAGAAGAAGGUGACGGUUUUGAGUUUUGGACGUCGGAGAUUGAAGAGCGACUCAGAAUCCUCCAGCGAUGAUGAUGAAGAACAGAAUGACAGCAAUGGUUCCCUCAGUCCCUCCUCCCCUUUGUCUGACAAUAUUGAUGAAAAUCGCAAAGGAAGAACCUAUCAUUUGGGAACUCGGAAUCUCCAGGUGGUCAGCCAAAGCGCAGGCGUGUUAAGCUGUUAUCGGAGUCCUCAGUGGAGGAUGUGGCCGUCUCUAGUCAGGAGACUAUUCCUGACUCUGAGCGGUGGUGGAGAAGGUGAACACACUACGAGAGGCAUUCCCUGCCGCCACUGUUCAGAGGAUAAAAGCUGUCCUAAAGAAAAGGAUUAUGACUUGACAGAGGCUACUGAAGUUCUGCUGGCUGAUAGCCAAGAACCUGAGAAAUCAAGAGAUGGCCUAUCAAAAGAUCAAGAAAAUGGCACAAGACCAGAUGAAGAUGUGAAGUCAAAUGGUGACAAGUCAGAAGGAGUCAGAGCCAAUGGUAUGGGUGUAAAUGGUCACAAGGUUGAGGUGAAUGAUGAUGAAGAUGAUGAUGAUGACGCCGAUAUUGGAAUGGAAGAGGACAGUGACCAGGAAGAAGAGAGUUCAGAGCGAGGGCCUGUUUUGUCUUUCUUCGAGACAGCAACUGUGGAAGAACUGUCCUCUAUGCCAGGUUGCUCUAAGAAAAAGGCAGAAGUUAUUAUAAGUAUGAGGCCAUUCCAGACCUGGGAAACUUUGGUAACAAAGUUUCAGACGACGAAGCCGUUGUCUUACAGCCUGAUAACUCGCUGCUGGGAGAUCAUCCAGAUUCGGGAGGUUGUCAUUCGCCUGAUGCAGCGCUGCGAGAAGAUUUCUGAGCGCCUGGGCUCCAUGGUCAGCGCUCUGGCAGGACACGUAACUGUGGAAGAACUAGAGGACCAGAUCACAUCCCAGCCCAAGAACCUUAACCCAAGCUUACAGAUGAAGCCGUACCAGCUGGUAGGAUUAAACUGGCUGCGCCUAAUGCACACCCAGGAGCUGAAUGGGAUACUGGCUGAUGAGAUGGGUUUAGGUAAAACAGUUCAAGCUAUAUCAUUUUUGGCCCAUCUGUUAGAGGAAGGAGAUGAUGGUCCACACAUUAUUGUUGUCCCCUCCUCCACCAUAGAGAACUGGCUACGUGAGUUGACGACCUGGUGCCCUGACCUACAGGUGGUGCUGUACUAUGGCAGUCAGGAGGACAGGCGCAGACUCAGGAAGGAGAUACUAUAUGAUCAGAGCAUGGAGUACAAUAUAGUCCUCACCACGUACAACAUGACGUCAGGAAGCCCUGAAGACAGAUCACUAUUUAAAACUUUGGUCUUCCAUUAUGCUGUAUUUGAUGAGGGACAUAUGUUAAAAAACAUGACAUCACAGAGAUACCAGCACCUACAGAAGAUACAGGCCCAACGUAGGUUACUGCUUACAGGGACACCAUUACAGAACAACCUGCUGGAGUUAAUGUCUCUUCUCUGCUUCGUGAUGCCGGAUAUGUUUGUGGGCAAAACAGAAUCUCUGAAGCGCAUGUUCACUAUGAUAACCAAAGGAGAUGAGGGUAGAGGAGCUUAUGAGAAGGAGAGGAUAGACCAUGCUAAGAAUAUUAUGAAGCCUUCUUUGAGGAGAUUAAAGAGAGACGUAUUAGGACAGCUUCCCAGGAAAGUGGAGUCUAUAGAGUUCUGUCCCCUUAUUCCAGACCAACAGGUGCUUUAUGAUAACCUAGUUGAUGCGUUUUCAAAGAAAUACAUGGAUCACGAGAACAAAUUAGCCGGGGAUAAUGCGGGGGGCGGAGCGGGCAUGGUCAUGCAGCUGCGAAAACUUGCUAACCACCCUCUGUUGAUUAGAAACAUCUACACAGAUGAAAAACUCAAAGAGAUGUCCAAGAAAAUUGCCAAGGAACCAUCACACAGAGACCGUGGGGCAUUACCUCAUGUCAUACAAGAGGACAUGGAAGUUAUGUCUGACUAUGAGCUCCACACACUCUGUCAAUGCUACAAGAAAUACCUUGGAGAAUAUCAGUUAGAAUCAGAAGACAUUGAAAACUCUGGCAAAUUCCGGUUUUUGGACAGCUUUUUGGAAAAGAGAAAGGCAAAGGGUGACCGAGUUUUACUAUUUAGUCAGUUUACAAUGAUGUUAGACAUUGUAGAAGCUUUUGUCAAACUGAAAGGAUACAAGUAUUUACGACUCGAUGGACAAACGGCAGUGGUGGACAGACAACAGAUGAUUGACCAGUACAACCAGCAUGAGGACAUCUUCAUAUUUCUGCUAUCCACACGGGCAGGUGGGAUGGGAAUCAACUUGACAGCUGCCAAUGUGGUUGUCUUACAUGAUAUAGACUUUAACCCAUACAACGAUAAGCAGGCGGAGGAUAGGUGCCAUAGAGUGGGACAAACCAGAGCUGUGGAGGUUGUAAAGCUAAUCUCAAAAGGCACUGUGGAGGAGGGCAUGCUCAGCUGUGCAAAGUUCAAGCUUAACCUGGAGAAAGAUGUCACAUCUACAGAUGCAGAUGACCAAGAAAACCCUAGCGAUGUGCUUUCAUUACUAAAAAGUGCACUGGGCAGGCAUUUAAAACACGAGGAGAAGAAUCAAACAAGUACUGAGGACAAAUCAAAGGCAGUUUGAUGAAGAUAGUUGUAUGUACUUGAUGCUGCCUUGUAGAGAUUACAAUACCAGUCAUGGUGAUGUCCUCGUGUUGUGAGCUUGCUAAAGGUCAAGUAGAUCUGCUUACGUCAAAAAGGUUUUGUCCAAGGGAAAGAAGUUCAAGAGUGCAUUGACCAAUUUCAAAUCCAGUAUUAAAUCUUCUUGGCUUUGAAGAUGUCAUUUUGCCAUGAUAUGGCUGCAGCUCUGCUGAAGUGGCAUUAACACAUAAUCAUUCAUUGAAGAUGUCAAAGCUCUGUCCCUUUCCAAACAGCAGUGGAGUUGUAAAGUUAAGGUGGUGUUUUGGUUAUGUGGAAUAUGACAACUGUUUCACCAUAGUGAAAAGGCCCGUUUCCAAGUGAACAGCAGAAACAAAGACAUUACCAUUCAUUUUACAUCUUGGAACAGCAAGUCCAUGUCCAUACAGGUAUAAAUGAAAUCUGACCGAUAUCAAAAAAGCUUCAAACAUUUAGUGAACUGCUAAUACACUCAUACAAUGAGUUCACAUGUAGUUAAAAACUUAAUCCCUACACAUAUACUACAUGUAGUAGCAAUGUUGGCGGUUAUGGAACAUCACUGUCUGAAAUAGGAACUUUUCUGCAGUAUUUCUGUGACAAACUGAUCCAAAUGGCAAUCUGAAUUUCGCCACCAUACCCACGGAUGCCAUCAUUGCCCAUCUCAGUCCCAUGUCAGACAUCACCCCAGUCAGAUACAACAAUCAUAUGGGAAUAGACAAUUUGGCAUGUGAGAGAUAACCUUUUGGUUGGGAGUGGAAAUCUGUCAGAGGAAGAAAAUCUGGUUCUGUGUCAUUAUUUAUUAUUUAAAAAACUGCGAAUGAUAAAUUUGUAUUUAUUGUGCAAUUCCAGGAGAAUUGAAGGGACCAUUUAUCUCAUCAAACGCAAGAUAUUGAUGAUAAUAAUAUUUUACAGAGUGCCAAGCCUGUGGUAUACUGUAUUUCUCCUAAAGUUAAGCGUUUUCGAAGUGAUGCGUUUUCCUUGAGUGUGAUUGAUUCAUCCAUCUUAUAGGGCCAUUUAAGAGUUGUUGUUUUUUUUUUACGAAAUUUGAUUAAUGUCAAAUAAGCUUAAGUGUUGGUAUCAAAAGCAUUAUUUGAAGGCCUUUAUGUGCUGAACGUUACAUACCAAACGUGAGGUGAAAUACAGUAAUUAUGAUUCUGUUCUGUGUUUGGUCCUGUUGUUGUUGUUAAAGGAUUGUGGCCAUUUUGUUGGUGUUAAGAAGAAGGCUUGGUUUUUCAGUUGUCGUGGAUAUUUAGUCCAAAUAGUACUGUUGAUGUACAGCUUUGAAGUCCGUAAAAAAGAGAUCUUUAGUAACUGAAUGUAAUUUAGUUUUGUACUUGUAUUCCUUAGGUCUCAUUUCUGCUACACAAAUUGUACAAGCGUGUUGUCACCGCUGUGGUUGUCCCGAUGAUUUUCGGUGUAAUUGCUUCAGAGAGCAGGCUCCUGGUCCUUAUUGACUGCAUUUAUUAUGAGCAAAUUACAGUACACAUGAUAACACAUUCAGUUUGUUUGUUGUCACUGCUUUAUAUUCACUGUAACGACUACUGCUCGAUAUACUUGAUAUUACCUUCGUUAAGGCUACCUCCACCUUACCAGUGAGGGUGUCUGUCCGUAUUCGCCAAAGGUUGGCCCAGGCCUUUCCAUGAGAAUAUUUGCCAGGUACCUGGUUAAAGACAAAAGUUUUCUACAAACAGAUUUCCUCCACACGUCAACCUGACCA